AUGCUUCGCAGAGACUAUGCAUACCUUUUCUUCUUCCUCAUCCAUAUCCCUAUCAUCUUCCUAAUCGACACGGUCCCCCUCCAACCGAACUUCCUUCGCACCGACCUGUCUAAAUCCCUGCGCGAUUUCUACAUCACGACCUACCGCGAUAAAUUCUUCGAAGAACCCGCCCCAGUCUGGUUCACCACUUUUAUUUGGAUGGAACUGCUGUACCAUGUUCCCCUGAGUGCGUGGGCCGUUUGGGCAUUACUCCGAGAUCAUCCGCUUGUGCCUGUGAAUCUUCUUAUCUUUGGCGUUCAAGCUUGUGUGACGUCUUUAACUUGUUUGGUGGACGUAUGGAGUUGGGAGGAUCGCUCGACCGACGAGAAGGUGCAGAUCACGUAUUUGUAUGGACCUUAUGUGGCUUUGGGGGCCUUGAUGGCUUUGGAUAUGGUUUUCCGGUUACGAGACAAACUUACCCCCAAGCCCAAACGCGAAUAA